UAUAAUUCUCUUAUAUCUGUACAAUACGGUACGUACUGCAUUUAUGUUACAGGAAAGGGAUUACGAGGAAAUUUGGGGAAAAUAGCAUACGUUGAAAAAUGGGUAUCAACAAUUACACCAAUAACUGCUGGAGAAACAACAUUCAAUAUUACAUUUGAGUGGCAUGACAAUUUUGGUGUUCCUGGUGCUUUUAUCAUCAAAAAUCAUCAUCAUAGUCAGUUUUACCUCAAAACUGUAACACUAGAUGUUCCUGAACAUGGCCCAGUACAUUUUGUCUGCAAUUCUUGGGUUUACCCUGCUCAUCGUUACAAAUACAAUCGCGUCUUCUUCUCUAACAAGACCUAUCUUCCGUAUGAGACGCCAGAAGCAUUACGCAAAUAUAGGGAAGAAGAGCUUGUGAAUCUACGAGGUGAUGGAAAAGGCGUGCUCAAAGAAUGGGACAGAUUAUAUGAUUACGAUUACUACAAUGACUUAGGAUUGCCUGACAAGGGGAAAGAGUAUGCGCGUCCUGUUCUUGGGGGCUCGAGUGAAUACCCUUAUCCACGGAGAGGGAAAACAGGCCGUAAACCAACAAAAACUGAUCCAAAUACAGAAAGUCGACUGCCUCUUCUUAGUCUUGAUAUAUAUGUUCCAAGAGAUGAGCGGUUUGGACACAUCAAAUUUUCAGAUUUUCUGGCAUACGCCUUGAAAUCUCUUGUCCAGAUAUUACUACCAGAGCUGAAAUCCGUAUGUGAUAAAACGCCAAAUGAGUUUGUCUCAUUCGAAGAUGUCAUUAAUCUCUACAAAGGAGGUUUCAAGCUACCAGACGGAGCACUCACGAAACUCAAAGAUAGGGUCCCAUGGGAAAUGCUCAAGGAACUUAUCCGAAGUGAUGGUGAACAUUUUCUCAAAUUCCCUAUACCUGAUGUGAUCAAAGAGGAUAAUUCUGCUUGGAGAACUGAUGAGGAGUUUGGUCGAGAAAUGUUAGCUGGAGUGAAUCCUGUUCUCAUCAGCCGUCUUGAAGAAUUUCCUCCAAAGAGCAAGCUGGAUACAAAACUCUAUGGUGAUCAAAACAGUAAAAUAACAAGGGAGCACAUAGAAAAGAACAUGGAUGGAUACUCUACUGAUAAAGCAAUUAAAAGCAACAGGUUGUAUAUAUUAGAUCAUCACGAUACUUUAAUGCCAUAUCUAACAAGGAUAAACUCUACCCCUACAAAGACGUACGCGACAAGGACAAUCCUCUUUCUGAAGUAUGAUGGUACACUGAAGCCAUUGGCAAUCGAACUCAGCUUGCCUCAUCAACAAGGUGAAAAACAUGGUGCUGUUAGUCAAGUUUAUACUCCUGCCGAAGAGGGUGUUGAAGCCUCAGUGUGGCAAUUAGCUAAAGCCUACGCGGCUGUCAAUGAUUCUGGCACUCAUCAGCUCAUAUGUCAUUGGUUGUACACUCAUGCUAUAAUAGAACCAUUUAUAAUUGCAACUAAUAGACAGUUGAGUGUUAUUCACCCAAUUCACAAGCUUUUGCAACCCCAUUUCCGCGACACAAUGAACAUUAAUGCCUUGGCUAGGCAAAUCCUCAUCAAUGCUGGUGGAGUAUUGGAAAGAACAGUCUUCCCAGCAAAAUAUGCAAUGGAAAUGUCUUCAUUUAUAUACAAAAGUUGGAUUUUCAAUGACGAAGCACUUCCUGCUGAUCUCCUUAAACGAGGGGUAGCAGUUGAGGAUUCCAACCAACCUCAUGGUCUGAAGCUAUUGAUCGAGGAUUAUCCAUUUGCAGUUGACGGGCUAGAAAUCUGGUCUGCAAUUGAGACAUGGGUAAAUGACUACUGCUCUUACUACUACCCAACAGACAACCUAGUAGAAAAAGAUCCUGAGCUUCAAUCGUGGUGGAAAGAAAUCCGCUAUGAGGGCCAUGGUGAUAAGAAAGAUGAACCAUGGUGGUCGGAAAUGAAAACCAGGCAUGAUCUUACAAACACAUGCACAAUCAUCAUAUGGGUUGCUUCUGCACUCCAUGCUGCUGUCAAUUUUGGACAGUAUCCUUAUGCAGGAUACCUCCCAAACCGGCCUACUGUAAGCAGGCGAUUCAUGCCUCAGCCAGGCACUCCAGAAUAUGCUGAACUCGAGUCUGAUCCUGAGAGAGCCUUUCUGAAAACAAUAACAGCUCAAUUUCAGACACUCCUCGGUGUUUCAUUGAUUGAAAUUUUGUCGCGUCACUCUACAGAUGAGAUCUACCUUGGGCAGAGGGAUAGCCCUGAGUGGACUUCUGAUGCUGAACCACUAGCGGCAUUUCAGCGAUUUCAGAUGAAGCUAUCAGAUAUUGAAAAGAAUAUCACAGAAAGGAACAAUGACAAGAAAUUGAAAAAUCGACAGGGACCGGUUAAAGUUCCAUACACUUUACUGUAUCCAAACACAUCAGAUUACUCCAAAGUUGGGGGACUUACAGGUAAAGGAAUUCCGAAUAGCAUCUCAAUAUGAAGUUGCACAAUAUUUGAUUUCGAGUUUGAGGCUGUAUAUCAUUAGUCUUUGAAUAUGUAUAUCUAUUGUGUGAUACCUUUACGCUUUGUUUGGAUAGCAAAGAAGGAAAGAAAAGAAGGGGAGGGAGAAUGGAGGAAGGGAAGGGAAAAGAAAGGGAGGGGAAGGUGAGCUCCAUUUUCCCUCCAAAUCUCUCCAAUUUUGGAGAGAUUAUGGUUAUUAUAGAGAGAGGGAAAAUAGAUCCCUCCCUCUCCUUCCCCUUCCUUCCCCCCAAUCUUUUAUCCAAACAAGAGAUUUUGUCCCCCUCCAUUUCUCUUCUCUUCUUUUCCUUUCAUUUAUUCCUAUCCAAACAAAGUGUUAAGUAUUAGUAGCUAUAAAGAUUUUAUAAUUGUGAUUGAAAUCUUGUGUAUAAGAUAUGGCUUUACAGUUUUACACUUUUCCUGGUGGAAUUUCUAUUUACUUGUUUCCAUUUGUUAAUUGUGUCUUGAAAUCAAUGAUAAAUAUCAAUGAGUUGACUUCAAAAGCACAUAUCUCUCAAUCUAUAAAUGAUUUCAAGUUAAUUUAGGUUGGAGUUGAAAGUUUAUCUCAAUAACUUUCCAACGAUUGAUGACAUACCCAUCAAUAAAAGAGAAAAAAAUUUAAAAAUUUAAAAUAAAAAGGGAGAAAGAGUUAUGGCUGUUUUACAAAGAUCAUAAUUGUUGAAACUGAAAAGCCUUUGCCGUAAAGUUUACCCGAACUUUCAGUUUCUAUUUUCGUCCCAAUUUGUUUAUUGGAAAAUUUGUCAAAAAUAACACCACUUUUCAUCGGUCAUCUAAGAAUAGAACGACCUUUGGAUUAUUUCAAAAUUAAACAACCUUUGACGCACAUCCGCCCAAAAUAUAACAAAAACAUGUAACUUGUUUUACAUGUUAUAUUUGGCAUGUGUCCAUGUGUGAUUGGUUGAAAAAAAAAAAUUUAUUUUAACAUUUUUUUAAAUAAUAAUAAUUUUAAAAAAAAAAAAACUUAAAUUAAAAAAACUUAAAACUAAAAUAAGCUGAAUUUUUUUUAAAAGAAAAAACCCCUCUCCUUAUUGACAGCAACACCACCACCGCCGCCGGCGGCCAGAGUCCUCUACUCGGCGCCGGCGGUGCCCCAUCCUGACCACCCCUUCCCCUGAACCACCUUCCCCCACCCAAAAACCCCUCUCCCUCCCUCAAAAAACCUCAUCUCCCACCAAAAGUAGCCCAAACCUAUUUCCCAUUUCCCUCGACGCCCCGCAAGCCGUCUCCACCCCAUUUCCCAAGCGCCAAAUGAUGCAAUGACGCCGCUGAGCUACUAUUCUCACUCUCAAAAUUAAACCACCAAAUCGAAUCAUGGGAUGAACAUUGUAAAACUCUCGAUUUUUUGACGAGGGCUAGAUAUUUGUGGGUAUUUCAGAGGAGAGAGAAAGCUUGAAUGAAAGAAGAAUUGGAAGAAGAAGAUCUUCAAGCUAUAUUCAGGCGCCGUGGUAGGAGGCUCUGGCCGCCGGCGUUUAAGGGGAGGACUCGGUGAUGGAGGUGGCUGCAGCGGGGAGAGGGAAUUUUUUUUAUUUAAUUUAUGUAUUUUUUUUUAAUGUUAAGUUUUUUUUAAAAAACAAUAAUGUUAAAAAAUAUUGACCAAUGACAUUAUGACACGUGUCACUAGUAACCUAUUUAAUAGGUUACCAACCGGUAGAGGUGUCCACCGUGCGAGUCGUGCGAGCUGGGUUAGGGUUAGGUGGGUCGCGGGUUGGGG